UUUGCAACGUUCAAAAAUUAAUCAGGCACGACCGUGUUCUGUGCAACGGUCGCUGCAAAUAUCAUUUUUAGUUUUUCUUUACAUUUUCUAGUAAUUUAAGUGUAUUAUUGUAUUAUUUAUUUUAACAUCGUUACCCAACAAUGUCCGGCUUCUCCCAAUCGCUGGUUUUAGGUGACAGAACAUUGCAAUCACUCGAAAAUCAAGCUUCCAGACCCGUUCCCAACUCAACACCUCCCACUGCCGCCGGUCAUCGCUCUACUCGGUCCAGCAAGACCAUCCAACGACAGAGCAGUGAUGAGCAGCAAACGCUGGAAGUCAUCGAUGAAUCUCCAACCAAUUCCAGCCGACUGAAGGGCAAUGAAACGCGACACAAAAGUGUACGAGAACGGCUAAGAACCGUUAGCACUCAGUCGCGCUCUAGGAAGGGCUUACGUCGAAACAAAUCCGACUCGUUGACGUUGAAUGCUGCGGAAGAGCAGCAGCGGCAGACAAGUAAAAAAGCUCGCAGCGAGAGCCGGGAACCGAUCAGCUUGGUUGGAGAUAAUUUCUCGGAAAUGUUCCGCAGUGAUAUUCGCUUCGAUGGGUUGUCUGGGCGUCAGCAAGUGGAGAAGAAUUCCGAGGAACAUUCGCAGAAGGAAAUCAAUAUUUCGAAACUACUGGAGUCGGAUAUAUGUUUUGAAAUGCCGGUUACAUCUGGGCAUAAGGACACAACAGCAAAUAAAACUAAACAUUCACGGUACAGUAACGAAUGCGCAGAUAUCUUUGGAAGCAGCGACUUUUCCAUGGAUUUGCAGCCUCGCAGUCAAAGUCUUGUUGAGACGGUACACGAAUCUAAUGGCUACGAGAAUUUGUUUGACAAGAGUGUCUUUACCCUAGAAGCUCCCACCAAACCCAUAAAAAAGAUGGAACCAAUGAUCAGCAGUUCGAUCAAUAAUUUUAUAUGCAGUGAAGAUUUGAUGGAAUUUUCCGGUCUUCAAGAGUCUUUACGUGUCAAAGAAGAUGACUUAGACGUUCAGGAUGUUUCUGCGCUGGUAGAAAACGUCAACUUUACUCAAAUUCCUGUUGCCGAUUCGGCAUCAGAGCGGCAAAAAAUUGACGAUCUGCUCAGUCAGGAAGUUGAGCGAUCGAAAAAUACCGUCCUAGAAUCGCUAAGGAUUGACAACCAUUCCGCUCAAAAUGCGACAAUCAAUCAAACGAUAGCAGCUGCCUCAUCGUCCUUUCGAUGCCAGCUGGAAAAAAGUCAGAGUUCUGUCAGUGAACCGAUGUCGUUGAAUGUUUCGACAAACCUUCGACUCGUAGCGAAUUGGGGUCUACCGGCAGCCGUCAUCAAAGCUUAUGCUAGAAAGGGAAUUACCGAACUGUUCCAGUGGCAGGCGGAUUGCCUUGCCAAUGCAAAGGUGAUUCUGGAAACGGCCAAUCUGGUUUAUAGCGCUCCCACGUCCGGUGGUAAGACGAUCGUAAGCGAGUUUCUGGUGGCGAAAACCGUCGUAGAGAGAAAGAAGAAAGCGAUCGUCAUUUUGCCGUUUGUGGCGGUUGCGCGGGAGAAGAUGUUCUAUCUGCAGGAAAUUCUAUCUCCCGCGGGAAUCCGCGUAGAAGGCUUCUUCGGUGGACAUACGGCUCCCGGAGGAUUUGAUAGUGUGGAUGUGGCUGUAUGUACUAUUGAAAAAGCCAAUUCGAUCGUGAACCGCUUACUUGAACAGCAAAAACUGUCCGGUCUUGGACUGAUUGUGGUGGAUGAGGUUCAUUUAAUAGCGGACCCUUCCAGGGGUUACAUACUGGAGCUGUUGCUGACAAAGAUUCGAUUUGUGUGUGCCAAACUAGGUGAACGGAUUCAAAUCGUAGCCAUGUCUGCGACUUUGCCUAACAUGGAGCUGCUGACGGAGUGGUUAAAGGCGGAACAGUUUCAAACGGAUUUUCGUCCGAUUGAAUUGAAGGAGAUGGUUAAACUUGGUACUUGUAUCUACGACAAUCGGGGGAAACUGAUUCGAAAAAUAGACACUGAACCGUUUAAGGAUAUCAUGCGAGAUCAGGAUAAUAUCGCUCAGCUUUGCUUGGAAACGAUUCUAGAAGGAUGCUCCGUGAUCGUAUUUUGUCCUUCGAAGGAUUGGUGCGAACGUUUGACUCUACAUCUUGCCGAGUUCAUUUAUACGUUGCGGAAAUCAGAGUCCGAGCUGAGUGAAAAACUGCGCUCCGAGAUGGAUCAGAAGAAGCUAGAGGAAGCACUUGCUCUGCUGAAGGAUUGUCCCACCGGCUUGGAUAUGGUGCUGGGAAAAACCGCUCGUUACGGUUGUGUAUAUCAUCACGCUGGAUUAACGACGGACGAGCGGGAUAUUAUUGAAAGUUGUUUCAAGAAUGGCACGUUGAGAGUAAUCGUGGCAACCAGUACUCUUAGCAGUGGCGUGAAUCUGCCCGCUAGGAGGGUUAUCAUUCGGACGCCACUCUUCGGUGGGGCUCAGAUGAAUCCACUGACAUAUCGGCAGAUGAUUGGUCGGGCUGGCCGGAAGGGGCGGGACGUGCUGGGUGAAUCAAUACUGAUGUGUGAUGCUCAAAACUCGAAGACCGGCUGGGGACUUGUGAAAGCGGAGUUGAAACCGAUCGCUUCCUGUCUGGAUGGAGAUGGACAUAGUCAUCUGAAGCGUGCUAUUCUGGAGAUCAUCGCAUCCGGGAUGGCCUGCACGACCACCGAUUUGGAAACGUUCGUCAACUGUACUCUCUAUAGUUGCGAGAAAAAGUGCCCAUUCAGCUUCAAUUUGGACACCCUAGAGCGAAGUCACCGGAAACCGGGACGGACCAUGACUGGCAGCGAUCGCGAUGCUGAUCAAACUGAUAAAACCGAUUCCAUUGCCAGUUGCGUUCGAUUUCUGUUGGAAUACGAAUUCAUCCGGAUGCAACACAAUGAAGAAACCGGAGAAACCCUGCUGACGGCAACGCAGCUUGGCAGUGCGUGUCUUGCCGCUUCAAUGCCACCGCGAGAUGGUUUCCUGCUGUUCAGCGAACUGCAAAAAUCUCGACAGUGUUUCGUGUUGGAAACAGAACUGCAUGCCAUCUACCUGGUGACGCCCUACUCCGUUAGCUAUCAGUGGCAGAGCAUUGAUUGGAUGGCCUAUCUAACGCGUUGGGAGAAACUACCCGAGCCGAUGAAACGGGUCGGAGAAUUGGUGGGUGUGCGGGAGGCUUUCCUGGUGAAGGCACUACGCGGGAACGUUAACUCGGAUGACUAUCAAUCGCUACAGAUUCAUAAGCGGUUCUAUACGGCACUGGCUCUUAAGGAACUGGUGGAUGAAAAACCCUUGAGCGAGGUGGCACAUGAAUUCGUAUGCACUAGGGGGCUUUUGCAGAGCUUGCAGCAGGUGGCGGCUACUUUUGCAGGAAUCGUAACAUCGUUCUGUACCUCACUGAACUGGAACCUGCUGGCGAUGAUCGUGUCUCAGUUUAAGGAGCGUCUAUUUUUUGGGAUACAACCUGAUCUGCUCGAUCUGAUGCGGAUUUCUAGCUUGAAUGGACAACGAGCACGUAUGCUGUUUAACGCAGGUAUCACCGGACUGCUGGAGCUGGCCAAUACCGACCCGUUGGCGGUGGAGAGAAUUCUAUACACGAGCGUCGGUUUUCAAACCGAGCAAAAACGGGAGGGCGAAGAUGAAUUUGAGGCUCGCAGAAGAAACAAUCUGAGAAAUCUGUAUGUCACAGGACGAGCGGGACUGACGGUAACCGAUGCGGCUCGGUUGUUGGUCAAAGAAGCUCGGAACUAUAUUCAACUAGACACGGGGGUUCGUAAUCCGGAUUGGCAGGAUGAUACUGGAGAGGGGGCAGACGUUGAGCCUGUCGUUGCCGACAGUGAGACUGUGCCGGUGUUGGAACAGACAGAAGAGCAACGAGAUCAAUCGAGUCGCAAGCAAGCGUCGGUAGCAUCGUUUGAAGUUUCCGAAUCGGACAGUAAUCGGGCAAUUGAGCAGUUUCAUAAUUCGCUUAUAAUGAACUUCUCGCAUGUGCUGAGCGAAGACAAAACUUCGAAUUCUCAGGGUGGAAAAUAUGAUAGUUUUAAGAUUGUAGAGCUGUGUGUAGAUUUGUCUCUGUUCCAGCGGUUCCGCGAAGAACUUGAACAAGUAAGUUCGGUUGGCGUUGCUUUUGCCGUUAGUAAAUUCGAUCGGUCAAAAGCGGUUAUCGGUGGUAAUUUGUUGAUCAAUCAGCGAACUAAAAGCGAACAGGAAGACAUCCUGAAAGCUUAUCAGUACGUGUUUGAAGAAAAUUUAUACAUCAGUGGAGUAGCUUUUACGUUCCCAGAACCAAGUAGCGACACACCGGAGAAUGCCGUCUAUUACUUGAAUUUACGGAAAGACGACCGAAUCGAUUGUAGUUUGAAACAGCAGCUUGUUAGAGACUUAUUUCAACGCAAUAAUCUCACGGUGGACAUCUUUGAUGCAAAAGAUCAACUAAAAAUGGUAUAUAGAAGUGGAUUGCUUACGCUGGACCAGGAGCUUACGGUAAACAUACGUGACCCGAAGGUAGCUAAUUGGCUUUUGCAGGCUGAGGAUAAGAUCAUCCCACUGCAGGCGAUGAUUCAACAAUACUGCCCGGAAAUGUCUUCCAUAUGCCAACUUGCUGGCCGCUGUCCAGGCUCCAUUGGCCCCGCGCUCCACUACAUGAGUGCAAUCGAUGGACGAAUUAGAUGCACCGUUGAAAGUUUCCUCGUCCAUCACAUGAUCACUGCUCAGCUGGAACAGUUCGAGCAUCUGGAUCGACCGCAAGACAUGCUAACAACUUUUUCCAACCGAGAAAUGCCACUGCAUCUAACGCUGACCCGAAUGGAACUGGUUGGUUUUCCCGUUGACCGUAGUAAACUGAACCGACUGAUUGAACGACUCCAGCAAGCAAAGGAACGAAUCGCGGAACGGGUACGACAACUGAAUGGUGGUCGUAAGCUGGACUUUGCUUCGACCAGUGACGUGGCGGCUGCACUGAAAGUCCCACGAGAUCGUAAUGGACGGACCAGAACGACCCGUCAGGUGCUGGAACGAAUUGAUUCCCCGUUGGCUGCGCUUGUGAUUGCUUACCGAAAGAUUGAGAGUAAUUUAGGCAGAACUAUCGAGCCGUUGUAUCGAGCGAUUCGCGAUGGGAAACGAAUCUAUGGAACAAGUUUUUGUUUCACCUCCACUGGACGGAUCACAAUGCAUGAACCGAACCUGCAAACAGUGGUCAAAGAUUUCACGGUCGAAAUCGACCCGGGUAAUGCUGAGGUAUUCAGCUGUCGCAGCACAUUUGCUUGUUCGGAUCCAGCAAGAGUUCUUCUCUCCGCUGACUUCUGCCAACUGGAAUUAUGUGUGCUAACCCAUCUAUCACAGGACCGAAAACUGCUAUCCGCUAUGAGUGACGGGAAAGAUGUAUUCCGAAGCAUCGCCGCUAGAUGGAAUCGAAUUCCGGACGAUAGUCAGGUUUCCGAUGAGCUGAGGAAUUGUACCAAAGCGAUCGUGUACGGAGUAAUCUACGGCAUGGGAGUUAAAGCGAUGGCCGCUGAGUUGAACGUGGAAGAGGACAUGGCACGUACAUUGAUGGAACAGUUUCAUUCCACCUAUCCGGAUAUUCGGCGGUACGCUGACAAGGUGAUACAGAUCACGAGAGAUCGUGGAUAUAUUGAAACACUGACCGGGCGAAGGCGCUACUUGCCGGCGAUUCAGAGUUCGGACCCUAAGAAACGAUCGGAAGCGGAACGGCAAGCCGUUUGUACAACUGUGCAGGGUUCCGCUGCUGACAUCCUGAAGAAUGCAAUUCUACGAAUGAUGCGGAAUCUUUGCAAGUAUCGGGGAUCGUUGCGAUUGGGGCAGGUUGAGUUGGUGUUGCAUAUGCACGACGAGCUGAUUUUCGAAGUGCCUCGUGAGCAGGCGCGCAAGGUAGCUAAAAUUUUGAAAUCCAGCAUGGAAAAUUGUGCCAAACUCAGUUUACCGUUGAGGGUGAAGGUAAAAAUGGGACCCAGUUGGGGUGAACUACAGGAGUUUCAGGUGUGAUAUUUAAUUGUAAAUAUUGUUUUCCGUUUUAUGUUGUUUCAAGAUUGAAAGACUGAUAUAAUUUGAGAG